AUGUCAGGUGCACCGUUCAGCCAGGUGCACAAUUCACCCAGGUGCCCCGUUCAGCCAGGUGCACAAUUCACCCAGGUGCCCCGUUCAGCCAGGUGCACAAUUCGUCAGGUGCACCGUUCGGACCGAAUCAGGACAGGUGGCCAAGUUGGUGCGGGGACACCUGCACUUUAUCCAUCUUCGGAAAAAGUUUGGAGAUCGAGAUCAGACGGCGUGAUCUAAUCUUGCGCAAUCCCUUACAAUAAAGAGGUGUUCGGAGAGGCGUUUUGUGGAAGAAAGUGCGAGGAAAUCAAAAUAUAAUUUGCAUAACGAGCAAGGUCCUGGCAGAGGGAACGAUUAGAUUUUAUCUUGGAGAAAAGCAGCACAAGCCAUGUAAUUAUCAACUCUACCGAAUAUAAAGACAAAAAACAAUUACUACCUCUGCAGAUCAAUCGCUUUCACUUGAUUGGCUAUACAUUGCAAGCCGCAGGAGUCGGAUAACAUGAGAUAUUUUCCCCCGCAGCUCCACUGGAAUGUUUUCUCCCCCCAACGCCGGUAUUUUUUGGAAUUUUUUGUUCGAACCAGCUGAAUUGAAGACGGAAUUCUCGAGAUAUCUCACUUCUCAGCCCCUCUCUUCCCUAUCAGCACUCCCUUCGCCCCGAUUCCUUCCGCGGCGCCGUCGAUGUCGAGAAUUUCGGUUUCGCCGGUCUAACUGGCUCUAUUACGUUUUUGCGGUUUUUUGGCGAUAUAUGUUAUAUAACUGUUAGCUUUACAUGUUUCGCUUUCGGAGGUUGUUUUUGAUAAGCGAUUGUGGUUUCGGUCACUUUGAUAAUUAAAAAAAUUGAAGUUACUCUUAUAUUUUAUAUUGUUUUAGAUAUCAGCAGAUGAUUAUGAUCAGAUAAAAGGAAUCCUCGGUAAACGUGUGACGAUCAUGGACUCACAAAUUCUCGAGGAGUAAGUAGAGUUGUUCUUGCUUAUUCUUUGAUAUCUUUUGAUGCCUUAUUUGACUCAAAUUUUAGUUUCAAAGUCAGCAGUACCCGACAGCGUCUAGAGUCAUGUAUUCAGGACAUUCAACAGCUCGAUGCCUUAAGGCUGAAACACAAAUUGCUCAUAGAGGUACAUCAUUCAUAAAUAUGCUUCGUAUUUUACAUUAACUGAAUGAAUAUUUCAGCAACUCCGCCGAGAUUACCCUUCCAUGAGAUCGUUUAUGCAAAGUCUGGAGGACUCGGAUGACUCCCAAACUCACAGCCCUAGAAGUCAGGAUUCUGGGUCCCAACAAACUUCGGGCAGCUCGGACAGUGGCUUCGGACAUAACCGGUUAGAUUUAGAUCAUCCCAACAACUACCCUUUGCAUUAAAAGUAAUUUAAUCACAUCUAUCUUCAGCGAUCAAAGCAUGACCUAUAGCAACUUCCGAAAGCUCUCUCUGGAAGAACGCAAGGACCGAAAGAACGUCCUAAACAGUGGGCAUCUCGUUGAGAACACUCUGAAGAAUCUAACCACACAAUUUAAUCCAGUAUUACCGACAACAAGCUGGACUAUGAGAUCAAAGGGACCCUUGGAUACAGCGAAUCGACCACACAGUUGUUAUGGGAAAAUGGAACAGGAGAAUGGAAAUGGAAGGCCUUCAAGUUUGAUUGUGACUUCAAAGAGAGGAUCGAGGAUUCUCGACUCAUUCGCUCAGCUUACUCCACCUCCAGUUACUAGGAAAUUCGCGACGGUUCAGCCUCCGAUCAGGGCUGAUGGACCGCCGAAAGUUAUGGUAAGGAGGGCAUACGAGACAACCUCGAUUUACUAAGCUGGCCCAUGGAUACAGUGACGCACCCGAUCCAGUGGCAAAAAACGUAGCAUUUUGCAUCCGGGAAGCAUCAAAAAUGUGGCAAAAUGCUUCCCUCUCCAAGUGAAAAAACUUCAUUUUGAAGGGCCCUUUCCCUUACAAAAAGAACGGGCGCGCUUUUGAAAUCGGUGUUUUGACACUUGGAGAGGGAAGCAUUUUGUCACAUUUUUGAUACUUCCCGAAUGCAAAAUUUUUUGCCACUGGAUCAGGUCCCCCACUGUAAUAUGGAGAAUGGGGUUUAAAAUACGAAAUGCUUUAUGAAUAGUUUUUAAAAUACGGAGUAGCAUAUCUCUUCCAUUGUAAUCCCACAUUUCAGGUGAGGCCCACCCCCGAAAAACGUGAAUCCAUCCUCCAAGUGAAGCCGCAGACCCUCCUGAACAACCGAAGUCUCCAAAAAGCCGAAUUAUGUUCGCCCACAGUAUCCAAACCCCCUUGCCCGCCAACGCUAACCCCCUCAACAAACUCAGCGUUCACUGCGAGAAGUUUGAACAAUCUGAUUUCGAAUAAUUUGAGUACCAGAACAGCCAACAACAACACUCCCUGUCUGCAGAAGGGGAUCAAGAAAACGUCUUCUUUUGAGAUUCCUACUGUAACACCGUUCAAUUGGAAGAACUGUUCGAUGGUCGAGGAGGUUCCCCGGAAGCCUUCGAUGGAAGUUUAUGGGCCAUCAACGACCUUGCCAACGCAAAAUUCGAAAAUUUCGAAUUUCACUUCAAAUAGACCCUCAGGCAACAAUAAUGUGUCGCAAUUCGAAAAGUAAGGAUUUUUAAAAGUCAUUCACAUUUAGUCGAUGGAAAAAGAACGUGGCCUCGGUCCCGCCCACAAUUCAAAAGUGCGAACCCAAUCCUCCGGCGAUUUCUCGGAUGACUCCGUUGCCGAAAAUCGAGAACGCGACGUUGACCAAGGCCCAUAGUAACACUGGAAAGUUCACGUCGUCGUGCUCUAUCGCGAUUAGGCAAGCUUUAUUUUCCAUUUUUUUUUGAUGUUGCACAGUGCAAGUCUAAAAAAUUUCCGCACUGUGAAAAAUCCGAAAGUUCUCCGCACUGUGCAAAAAAAGCUCAAAAAAUAGAAAUCUCCAAAUCAAAAAUUUCAGUGUCCCCUCAAAGAACCCGAAUCGACCAGUAAUCCGAGUCCGCCGACCCAAAGAAUGGCACGAAUCGGACUUGUAG